ACUAGAAAAAAGUGUGGAGUGUGCUAUCUGUGAAGAGUUUGAAGUACAAGUUCAUUGAAAUUGAGUGGCUAGUUCACACUUCACUGAAGUGAAGCUUUCAUUUGAACGACUCAUUCACGAGCUCCCCAUCACUAAUCGUGUGAUAAGGGCUGUAGUUCAAAACACACAUCAGAUAGAACUGCUGCUAUGUAGUGUCUGCAUAAUAAGGUUAGCACAUUUCUAGAACAAUGGGGCAACGUGUGAACACGAGAGCGCAGAUGUAUACAGUGCCCUCAUUCCACAAGUUUUGAGUGUGUGUGUUCGUUUAUAUGGGCCUGCGCUCCCGUGGUCGGUGCUAGCGCAAGAGGAAAGAGACAUCGUGUGGAAGUACGUUUACAGAGCUAUAUGAAAAUUUAAUUAAUGUCAUUGAAAUGCAGUGAAUGAAGAUACAAGAAAUCAUAUCAGCGAAAUCCAAGUAAAUGCUGAACUUGCAAUAUGAAUGACGAUUCUAACCUUCAUGAUUAUGAUACCAUUCAAGAUUUCGUUACCUCCGUCAACAUCUUCAGCGAUAUUACUCCGCGUCUUCAGCAGCUGAGAGGAAUCGGAUUUGAGUAGUAGUUAACAUGUCUAAACAUGACAGAACGAGAAGUGGAUCCUACAGUUUCUCGUGCAGUUCGAUUGAUGAUGUCUCGAACAAAGGAAAGCCAGGAACAGCUAAGGAUGAUGGUGGAGGAUGAAAUACGGAAGAGGACUGGAAAGAACGUGGGACAUCUCUUGCGUCCUGUGGAUUCAGUCCUCGAUGUUGCAGGAUAGUAAACACAAGAAAAAAGAAUCUUGAGACAAGAACUGUAAGUUUACACAUUGAAGAAGCACCGGAAAGAUUCACAUAUGAAUGAAGAAUUUGAUGAUGAAGACAAUGACUCUGAGAUCAACUUGGAGAUACUAGAAGAGGAUCUGACAUGUAUUGUCUGCAGAGGAAUGGAUGUGGCUCCUAGGAAUCGCCUCAUUGAAUGCACAGAGUGCCAUUCAUUAUACCAUCAAGAGUGCCACCAGCCACCUGUUGGUGAAGCUGAUAUGGAAGACCCAAGAUCAAUAUGGUACUGUACAGACUGCUUGAAAACAAUUAACAGAGCUGUGUCUAAGCCACAUGCUUCACCAAAAUCAACUGUGAAAGACCCUGUCUCAACUGUGAAGCCUACAUUGAAAGCUGAAUCUGCACCACCAACUCUUGUAUUCAAAAGAACAGAAAAGCCUUUCCAGAUGCCAAUUAAUCAAGCAAACAGCAAAAGUGGCUCUCAAGGCAUUGUGGGAAUGGCAGGAUUAGCAACAAGUAUUCAGGCGGCCCAUCAUUCCAGUAAGCAGACAUAUGUUGGUGCAGGAGGAAAGCCUAGUCUGGUAUCUUCAUUUCCUCAAGGGAUCAAAACCUUUGGAGGUUCUCCUGUUUCUGCCUCAGCUUGUAUUUCCAAGCAAAUGACAGCACAAUCUUCAUCUGGAACAACCUCUGAUUCUAAUAUUAAUUCCAUUACUACAAUGACAUCAACACCUACUGCUGUUAAUACAACUGGUGGUGGUGGUGGUGGUGGUGGUGGUGCUGCCGCCGCCACUGCCACUACUACUACAGCCUCUGCAACUGGAUCUUCAUCUAAAUCAUCUGUGGUACCCAAAAUAAAUGUUAUUUCUGCUGACAAAAGACUAGCAAAUAUGAAGAAGAAAGCUGCAAAACUGCAGGAGAAAAGGAAACAUUCAAAAUAAAAGUACUAUUGAUUAAUAUAAUAUUAAAUUGUUGACAAUGUAUAUGUAAUUAGCUUAUUUUUAUUGCAUAAUUGUCAAUAUUGGAAGAAGUUACUUGUUCAGUUUCAUUUUCUCAUGAUAGUACAAUGCAGUUUGCUUAUUCAGCAGUCCACUGUGCUAAGACUGUUCAAUGUAUAGUUGCCACUUUUAAAAACAGAUAAGAUCAGACAGGAAUUCUUGUUAUUUUACUCCCAGCAAUGAAAUAAUUUGCAAGUGUGAAUCUUUAGCAGAAACUGAAUGAUGUUCUUUCUCUCUGUUUUACAGAACAUUUUUAGUUUAUAUUUUUACAACCAGUGAGUAGAUUUCCAACCAGUGUACCAAAAUAAAUGUGAACAAUAAAUAUUAAUAUCACUCUUUGAUGUAUGUUAUACCACUUGAUAUAUACCUUGCUUUUGAAUGUGACUAGUAGUAGUAUUGGAUUAGUAUGUAGGGCAUUCCACAGUUUAUAGACUGUUUGUAAUAACCUUGGAAAAUACCACACUUUUUAACACUGAUAGAUUCGACGUAUUUGUUGCCGUAUUCUUGGUCUGUAAACCUGGCCUCUCUCUCAUCCAAUAAAUAACAUUUGGUCUUGUGCACUACUCUAACUGUAUGAUAUCCAAGUGAAUUUUUAUCUGUGUAGUGUAAUAUGUAACAUGUGGCCUCAUUUAAAAAUUAACAAGACAUUGGGGAAAAAUCGGGAAGUAAGUGCUUAAAAUGUAACCUAGUGUUAAUUUACGCUAGAAAAAUGAGAUCAGGAGUUAUAUUGACUCAGAGAUAAGGCAUCUGUUAAGGAGUUAGUUCUGGUCAUUUCUAUCGCAUUAAAAAAAUUGUUGCAACCAGUACACAGUUUUGAUGCACUGGUUGUAAACACAUUGACUGUACAGAAAAAAUUAUCGUGUAAAAAAAAAAAAGAGAGAGAGAGAGAAUAAUACUCCAUUUCUGCUAAAGAUUCACAGACAAUUAAAUUAGAAACAUACUAGCAAGCAGAAUAGAGCACAAGAUUGUUUGCAAUUUACAAGAUGGAUAAAAAAGGAGGCAUAUCAAAUAUAUCAGUGUUAACAGUGUGGCAUUAUCAAGAUAAUUUCAAGCAGUCCAUAGACUAUGCAAUUGUCUCAUAUUCCUUUAUCAGCUUAUACUUUUAAUCCAAUAACAGUACUAUUUACAUGUUCUCAAGCAAUUAAGUUUUGAGCUCUCAUACUUACCAGCUUUUGUCUCCGAUAUACAUGUGUGCUGCUCUUUAAUGAAAUUGGUGUGAGCCUGUACCAGCACAAAUGGGUUUCUUUGGAAAGAGUGAGGUAAAUAUUUUUGUAAAUGAAGUAACAGGUAUCACAGGAAAUGCCUGAUGUUAUGCAAGGAGUGAAGUUGAGGCUGAUUUCAAGGUAUUUAAAAUCUCAUUUAAAUUAUUAUUAACUGCUAUUCUGCAUCAAUGUAUGCAUUAUUAUUAUAUACCAUUGCAAAAACAAAUUUAAGCUGUAAUGGUGGUGGUGGUAACAACAUAUAAAUUUACUACUUUUUUUUACUCACCUGAAUUGUAAUCUUGUGUGAGAUGUUGACAAACAAAUAUACUGUUACAGAAUUA